GGAUGGCGUGGUCACUGUCCUCACCUGAAUUUCCUGCUGAGGAAAUAGCAGCUGAGAGAACUCAGGGCAGUUCUGGUGGGAGCACACCCAUCAGAGCGGGUAUAAAGGGUGAGGCUGACACUGGUCACCACUGCCCCGCCUGCCCUCAAGAUGAAGUCCAGCAGCCUUAUCGUCUUCCUGGUGAUAUUUGCCUUCGGAUUCCUGAUGCCCUGGACUGUGGAAGGUGCUCCCAAACGUGAGCUGGACUUUCUCAGGCCAUAUCCAGAAAAAGGCAAACCUGGAGCCUGUCCUUUCGUCCGCCCUGUGCUGUGCUUUGUAUAUGAACCGCCUGAGUGCCAGAGUGACUGGCAGUGUCCGAAGAGGCAGAAAUGCUGCCAGGGUCUUUGUGGCAUCAAAUGCACGGAUCCUGUAGACACGUCAAAGUCAGAUUCAUCCUUUCCAGGCCAAAAAAAUUAGGACUUCCUGGUCUGUGUGCUCUGGGGAUUCCCCCUACUCCCCACCCUGCAAGCCUGGAAAACAAUGAAAGCACCUUGGUCAAGAUGUGGUUUUGUGACCAAUACUCCUUUGGGGACAAGAUCUGGCCUGUUUUAUCCAUGAUCCCCAGCAUCCAAUGUGAAGCUUGGCACAUGACAGGAAAUGCCUAUUGAUCAGUGAAUAAAUAAAUGUACUAGGUUUUCU